CGCCCGGUUGCGUGGGGCUCCGAUGCGGUGGAGAAAAUGGUAGCUCGGCUGCGUGAAACGAAACGACCGGCGCUCUGGUUUCCGAGUAAAGCGGACAGGUCUGUAUCGCUGUAGGUAUGGAGGCAGAGGCAAACUCGCUGCGUGUGGAGUUCCCGGACUUCUCCUGCUCCAUCUUGGAGAAGCUGAACCGUCAGAGGCAGCUGGGUCAGCUGUGCGACAUCACCGUGGUGAUCCAGGGCCACCGUUUCCGGGCCCACCGGGCGGUGCUGGCGGCCAGCUCGCCGUACUUUUGCGACCAGGUGCUGCUGAAGAACAGCAUGCGGGUGGUGCUGCCGGACGUCAUGCACCCCUGCGUGUUCGAGAGCCUGCUGCAGUCCUGCUACACCGGUGUGCUGCAGCUGCCCGUGGGCGAGAUCGUUGGCUUCUUGACCGCCGCCAGCUUCCUGCAGAUGUGGCACGUGGUGGACAAGUGCACCGAGCUGCUGGAGGCCAACUCGGCCAUUCUGGGGCAGAGGUCCGGGCCGGGGAGCGUCCAGCUGUCCCCCGGCGGCGGCAGUGGCUACGACAGCCCCAGCGAGGCGUUUGACCCGGGGCAGCAGGCGCUGUUCGGCAGGAUCAGCGACUGCGCCGAUGGAGAGGUGGAGCGGCUGGUGGAGAACUGUUUCUCGCCGCAGGAUGCCGCGGCCAGGGGCUCCUCUCCGCCCGAGCGGGACCGGGACGGCGAGGACGGGGGCGGGGACGCUGCGGAACGGCAGCCCUCCAGGCCACUGUACAUCCAGCCCAGCAUCAUGUGCCACAAGCGCUGGAUCCAGGUGAAGGCGGAGAGGGUGGAGCAGGAGGAUAGGGACGGCCCGAUGGUCGCGGCGGUGGCGGGGGAGGAGGAGGAGGCUGCCGAGGACCCCAACAGCGCCGAGCCCGAGCCGGCGAGCUACGCCGAGGACGAGUACCAGCUGACACCCGGCACCAGCUCCCUGGGUGCCGGCGCGGAGGAGAAGCUGGCAGCCGACCUGGAGGAGAUCCAGGAGGGGGAGCACCCGUACGACGACCCGCUGGACUUCUACGGUGCAUCCAUGGAGGAGUUCUCCGGCGACAAGGCUGAGGGCGGCCCCGGCGAGCCGAAGGAGGACGCGGGAGGCGCGGCGGGCGCAGAUGGGGAGGAGCCCCCGGAGGGCAUCCAGGAGGAGACCUCCCAUUCGGGCUUCGCGGCAGUGGUCUACAAGCUGUACCCCUGCCAGUGCGGGAAGAGCUUCACCCACAAGAGCCAGCGGGACCGGCACAUGAGCAUGCACAUGGGGCUGCGGCCCUACGGCUGCGCCGUCUGCGGCAAGAAGUUCAAGAUGAAGCACCACCUGGUGGGCCACAUGAAGAUCCACACGGGCGUCAAGCCCUACGAGUGCAGCGUCUGCGGCAAGCGCUUCAUGUGGAGGGACAGCUUCAACCGCCACGUCUCGUCCUGCACCCGGUCCCACCAGGCCCGCCGUGCCGUCGCCGAGCAGGCCGCGCAGAUAUGCUGAUCCCGGGUCAGCCCCGGGGGGCCCCGUCGCUGGGUUGCCCCGACCGCCUCACCCCGCAGGGGCCUGGGGUAGUGCCUCCGGUGUGGGGCGCUAAGUUGUAUCCAGGUCUGAAAUGCCUGAUCUCAGAUCUGCAGUGCUCUUACAUGCUUGAGUUCAUUGGCAUUGGCAGCGCAUAGAGUAUGAGACUCUGUUGUUGGUUUGGAAA